UCGUGUUUCGGGCCAAAGCCAAACAUUAUCAUUUUCAUUUUUCUCAUCAAUAAAUAAAAAUAGCAACUAAAUAGAGCGAAAUUAACAGUAUACAAUAGUUGCUUGCAGUGCACACAAUACAAAAAAAAAAAAAAGGAAUACAUUUUUAAAUCAAAUUAUAAAAUCAAAAGUGUAAAGUGCAUUACGGUUGCAAGCAUAUCCAAGCGCCAAUUAAUUAUAAAAACAAAAAACAACUCCCACAAUGUCUGACGGUAUCACCCACGGUGGAGGCAACGGCAGCAAUAACAACACCUCCGAUGGCAGCAGCUUGGUGGCGAAGGACGUCAGUCAAAGUGCCAUCACGCAGGACCUGUUGAACAAGUGGCGCGAGAACUUUUACAGCGAACCGAAGAACCUGCUGGCUCAGAAUGUCUGCUCCAGAGUGGAUCCGUUCGAUGUGUGCCUGUCGCGCAAGACGCUCGAGACGACCAAUCAUGUGUUCAACUUUAAGGUGGAAACGGAGGGCAAGCCGGUGACCAACCAGCGUAGCUCCGGCCGCUGUUGGCUAUUUGCGGCACUCAAUUGUAUACGCCUGCCCUUCAUGAAGAACUACAAUCUGGAUGAGUUUGAGUUCUCGCAGGCGUUCCUCUUCUACUGGGACAAAAUCGAGCGGUGCAACUAUUUUCUCAACAACAUCGUGAAGACGGCGAAGCGUGGCGAGAAGGUUGAUGGCCGUCUUGUUUCGUUCCUGCUGCUCGAUCCUACCUCUGAUGGCGGCCAGUGGCAUAUGCUGGUCAAUCUGAUAACCAAACACGGUCUGAUGCCAAAGAAAUGCUUUCCGGAGAGCUUUAGCUGCGAGUCCAGCAUACGAAUGAAUGCCAUACUGAAGAGCAAGCUGCGCGAAUAUGCACGUCAUUUGCGCGUACUGCUGGAAAAGGAGCCCAGCGAUAAGGAGAUCGCCUGCAAAAUCCAAGAGCAAAUGUCCGAAAUUUACAAAGUUGUCGGCAUUUGCUUGGGCAUACCCGCCGAGACCUUCACCUGGGAGUACUAUGAUAAAUCAAAGAACUAUCAGUCAAUUGGGCCCAUCAGUUCGCUGGAGUUCUACGAGCGCUAUGUGAAGCCGCAUUUUAAUGUCGAAGAUAAGGUGUGCCUGGUCACUGACCCGCGUCCAACUAGCAGCUACGAUCAAGUCUAUACGGUCGACUGUUUGGGUAAUGUUGUUGGCGGCCGUCCCGUUCUAUACAACAAUCAAAAUGUUGAUCUUUUGCUGGCGAUGGUCACGAAAUCACUGAAAGCUGGCGAAGCCGUCUGGUUUGGUUGUGAAGUUAGCAAGCGUUUCGCGUCCAAGCAGGGCAUUGAGGAUGUGGAUGUCCACGAUUUCAAGCUGGUCUUCGACAUCGACAUACAAACAACAUUCUCCAAGGCGGAUCGUCUUAUCUAUGGCGAAUCAGCCAUGACCCACGCCAUGGUAUUCACAGCCGUCUCAGUCGAUAAAAAUGGCGUGGCGCAUAAGCUGCGCGUGGAAAAUUCCUGGGGCGAGGAUCGUGGCGAGAAAGGCUACCUGGUCAUGUGCGCCGAUUGGUUCAGGGAGUUUGGCUUCGAGGUGGUCGUCGAUAAGAAGUAUGUGCCCGAUGAUGUGAUGCGCGUAUUUGACAUGGAUCCCAUUGUGCUGCCUGCUUGGGAUCCCAUGGGCACAUUGGCGCAAUAAAUUAAUGAUCAGCCAAAUGGGAAAGCUUUACAAGAACAAAAUUAACAAUAACUAACAGUACUGCAAGCAAUAAUCCACAAAUACUUAAAAUUGUAUGUUCAAUUUCAGAGAUAAUUUAAUUUAAAGUCUUAGCCAGAUUUCUAUAUA